AUGGAUAAUCCGUUUCAAGUCGACAUUGACAGCCUUUUUAAUCCCUCGAGUAACGAUUCCACCGCCUCGGACAGAGAAAACAUGAGCUGGUCGCCCUGCGAGCAAGACAUGAUGGCGGCCCACCAGACGCAGCAAACUUUCAAAUUCGAACCGAUCUCAGACACAGGCUACAAUCAGCAAGUCGAAUUCGGCUCGAGUUCCGACUACUGUCUGGACUUUUACAAUUCAUCUUCUUCCGGCGCCGAGUUCAGCUCUUCCUCUUCCCAGCUUUGGCGAAACGGGCAAAAUCCGCCCAUCAGUGCGUCCUGGGAGAAUAUGUACGAAAACGUGUAUUCUACUCCGCACAGCAACCUGUACAGCCUCGACCAGCACGUUCCGGAGCAGCCGUCGUUCAGCUACUCGAGCCACCACCACUCGCAUCCUGUCUUCAACGGCUACGGCUUUGAGCAGUCUCCUCAGCUCUCCUGCCGAAGCCACUUCAACGAACAGCCAGACCUCAACAUCCUUUCUUUCCAAGUCUAUCACCCCGAAAAGAAGGCCAAGCGACAGAAAACACGCAAAGUGCCAAAGAAGGCCAUUUCUUGCGAAGAAGCCAGCAAAUUUACGGAGCAAGAUCGCCUGGCCCUGACGCCCAACCACAAGAACUCGAUCCAUCUCUGGCAGUUUCUGGCCGAGCUUUUGAACCAGCAAAAGUACUUGAAGUGCAUCAAAUGGGUCGACCGAGAGCAAGGGAUUUUCAAGAUCGAAGACAGCCAAGAAGUGGCGAAGCUGUGGGGGCUGCGCAAAAACCGCCCGAACAUGAACUACGACAAGCUCUCGCGCUCGAUCCGGCAGUACUACAAGAAGGGCAUCAUCCAGAAGCCGCAAGUGAGCAGCCGACUGGUCUACCAGUUCAGUCCAAAAUUCAAAAGCGGCUGA